AUGUCAUCAAAUGACAGAGACCUUCAAGUACCGGCCCUUAAACGUGACGCGUUUCUGGGCCAGGUGUACCAGGGUGCAACAGGCAACUUGCUCAGCCCGAACUUCUUUAACAGGGCCUACAUUGAUGCCGCAACUGUUACCACGCCCAUGCCCAAGACAGAGGUUGCAUUCAAGAGUGCCCAGAGCGUCGAGGAAAGAGCCCAUCUACUUAAUGUAUCGGCCUCCGUGUCUGUUUCAGUGUGUUCAGGAACGUUGAAACUGACGGGGUUCGGCUCGUACCUGGACCGCUCUGAUGACCAGGAGGAGUCCAUCACAAUCUCGGGCGUAGUGCACGCGAGAACGGUCCAUAAGCGGCUCAUUAUAAAUGAUAAGGAUCUACAAAACCAUGCUGUCAUUGACCAAAACGACCUAGCAGCGUGGGGAAUUACCCACGUGGUGACUGCCAUCACGUAUGGAGGUACCCUAGUUGGAAGCAUCACGCAGACGAAUUCUCAGAAGAACGAAAACCACAAUCUUAAGGGAAUAUUCUCUCUCGGGACCAUGUCCAACUUUGCUAAGAUUGGAGACAUCCACGCCAAGGCCGAGGUAGACGAUGAAGAAAUGAAUAACCUCAAAGGAUUUCACCUAUCCACCAGCUUCGAGGCUGACUAUGUCGACCCUAACCCUCAUCCAGAGGACGAAGUUAUCCCAACAGAACCUAAUCCAGACGCCCCUCCAGCGACCCCCAAUGACAGGAGCCGCGAACCUACCUUAUUGAUGAACAAAAUAAAGAGGGGAUUUCCCAACUUUACUAGUGACCCAGUGCCGCCACCCGAUAAGACACACGGCGUUCCGGUGGAAUUGACGCUGACACCUGUGAGCUAUUUCGAUGCUAUCUCGGUGGAGAUUAUCUUUCGUGAGCUCAAUGAGUCUGAUAUGGUGGCGCUGCGUGCUCUCUACGAUAAACUCACCUCACUCGCACAGAGUCGCAUGUCUUUAUAUCUCGAGAUCAUGAAUCCGCCACUAGAGCAUUCUUCACAGGAAGCAGCUACUAGUACUACCAGUAGCCCCAAGUACAGUAGCCUGUUCCCAACUUUCUCCAAGACAUGCCAGGACCGACAGCGCGAAGUGGGAAGCCUACAGUUAGAAGCGAGUGCAGGUUUAGGCCAGCUUCUCCAGGACUACCGCAAUAAAAAGGCAGAUCCUAAGCAUGUCAGCGAUUUUCUGGUCAAAUACCAGACUCUCCACGACAGCGCCAGGGGGUUGUAUGAGCAAGAUACGCUGCAGUGGCGAGCGUUACGACGGCUCAAGGAAACAGCCGAUGCGUAUCAAUACCCACUAAACACGGUGGAAGACAUGAUAGCUGCGAGGCCCCUCAACGGCACACUGGUUGUGGAGAUUGUCCCGGAGAAUGUGCAAAUGUCUAGCCUUCUCAAUAUAUAUCGACAUCUGGGAAAGGACAUCAGAGAUUGGAGGACCCAGGAGGACAGUGAUUUGACCAUUUCUAAGUUUGGUGUCUCGCGUGAUGCCUCUAUUCCUGCCUUUACAACCACAUACGUGUCCUUUUACGCUGAUCCAGCAAAGGACAAGGCUUUGGUCUCUAUCGACAAUGACCAGGGUUCUGUGCUCUCUGCAGUUGCUGCAGCACGCAAAGACGCCAGCCCGAAGACCAUUCAAUAUGGCCUUCGAGAAUCGACGAAUCAACUUGAGUGGUUGGUGCUGGGCGAUGGCAAUGUAUGGGGUAUACUGGAGUACGAUAACGGGGUCGGCAGCGACGCUGAUGAAGACAAAAGAAUAUCCAAGACGCAGUACUUGGGAUAUCUCAAGGACAACACUCCUUAUGGAUACGGCGUCAUGAAGUAUCCGGGGGGCUUGACGUACAAGGGUGAUUGGCUGCGGGGGCUGCGUGACGGCAACGGGUGCAUGUACCACGGCACGCGGCUUGUGGCAGAAGGAAUAUUUGUCGAGGAUUCGAUAUCUCCGACUACUCUUGGGGAAGAGCCUUACGGGCACGGAAGGCUCUUCGCCGUCCAAGUCACAGCUGUGCAGCGUGGAGGAGCUGCAGAGACGGCUACUUUUGUCGUUACGGCGGACAUCGUAUUAUUCAACAUGGCCAAGAAGUUAGCCUACGUCUUUGGCUGGAAGGCUGGUGAACGGUAUCGCCUUACCGCAUCUAUGGAAAGACCGCCUUCCCCCCCAUUUAUCAACCCCAUCACCGUUAUUGUCAACGGAGACCAGGUGGAGACUGAUUACAAGGAAAUUUAUCCUGAUUGGCCUGAACUUAGUUUUUACUCGGUGUACUGGCCUAACUAUAUGUUCGUAUGGGAUAACAAGUAUGAGGACUUUAUUUCUCUGGCGCGCAGGUUUGCGCCUUUUAAAACUUUACCACUGGUAUACAAUGCUGAACACCCGGAGAUCACGACGGCGCCAAGCAGUCGGGCCCGACCGAUCACGAUUAGGGCAGUUCGCUUGGACGAUGGUGUAUUACCGCUAGCAAGUGCAGGGACACACCCAACAUGA